AGAGAAGGAGGAGGAGAGAAUGUGAGAGACAAACUUAAGCAAAGAACAAAAGAGGCAAAGAGUAAAGAAGGACAGUCCUAUACAAACUCUGAAGCCAGGAGCUCAGAACCAGGAUAGUGCACUUAACAAGAAGCGAGGCUCUGCUGCUUGGGCUCUGUCUUCACUGGGGUGCCUGGUGUAAAACGCACAUUAGAAGAGGUGAAAGUUCAAGGAUCAGACGUAGCGGCAGUGUGUCAGAAUGUCGGUGUGGCCACUUCUUCUCACCGCAGCCACUGUUGCAGGAGUUACAGCACAAGGAUCAUGGAGAAGAGACAACAAAGAGUCAAGUCCUGCUGUCUACCACACUGACGACAACUAUGAGUGGACCACAUGGUUCAAUGUUGAUCACCCCGGAGGCCUUGGAGACUAUGAGCAGCUGGGAGCCAUUCGCUUCUACUACCGUGCCCGAGUGUGUGAGACUCCCCGAGCAAUCGAAGCCAGGACUACUGAAUGGGUCCCAGCUCGUGAAACUGGCGAGAAGGUCCAUGCAGAUCCCACUGUGGGUUUCUGGUGCCUCAAUGAGGAGCAGGGUCCUGAUCGCAACUGCUCCAACUACGCAGUCCGCUUCCUCUGUCCCAAAGAAAACAUUGUGAACAUUCAGGGUACGUGGGGUCCAUGGUCAGACUGGAGCUCAUGCCCUGCCCUCUGUGGUCAGGUGGGGGUCCAGUUGCGCUCUAGAAAGUGCCAGUCUCGCUCGAUGCCUUGCAGUGGACCUAAAGUGGAAGGGAAAGCAUGCAAUGGACCAGAGUGCCCAAAAAUAGAUUGCUCCCUGCAGUGUGUGAUGGGGAGAGCGAAUGCUGAGUGUGACACAUGCAUGUGUGAAGAACACAUUCUGCUGGGUUCUGUUCGCGGUGCUGGGGGUCUCACUGCUGAAGGGGCUACCAUCCUUCGCUCUGGCAAACUGCUUACUCUUACCGACCACAACGGGCAUUUCCGCAUCCCUGGUAUCUGCCCUGAUGGCAACGCCACCCUGACAGUCAGCCUGCAGGGUCACGCCGCCCUUAGCGUUUCUGUGCCUCACAGUACUGAACGUACUUCCGUCCUCAGUGUCCAGCUGAAAAGAACAGAGAAGCUUCAUGUGUUGAGCAACCCUGAGAGUAAGGCCAGGAGGGAGGGGCAAACUGCUGCCUUCUGCUGCAAAGUGGCAGGAACACCACAACCAGACAAGUACCAAUGGUUUCAUAACAACAGUCUUCUGGAAAAGCAGUCCGAGAGCACCUUGGUCCUGAAAGAUCUGCGUCCUGAGCAGACUGGAGAGUACCACUGCAGAGCAAGUGGUCCAUCUGGGGCUAUUAAGACCAAACCAGCUACACUCAAAGUCUUAGGUAGAGAUGAGCAUUCAUGUAAUCCCAAACCUGAAUCCCACCUCAUCCGUCUUCCACAUGACUGCUACCAAAAUAGCACAGACUCCUUCUACUACGAUGUGGGCAAGUGCCCUACAAUUACAUGUGCUGGACAGCUGGACAAUGGCAUCAGGUGCAAAGACAAAGUGGCUUAUUGCUGUGGUGUGCAAAAGAUGGAGGAGAGGCAGCUAACAUGCCAGGGCUACCAGCUGCCCACCAUGGUGGUGACUGAGUGCGGCUGCCAGAAAUGUGUGGAUACCAAGGCCAUUGUGCACGGUCGGGCCAUUGCUGCAGACAAUGGUGAACCAAUGAGGUUUGGUCAUAUCUUUAUGAAUGGAGUUCGAAUCAGCCGCACAGGCUACAAAGGCACAUUCUCCAUCCAGGUUCCUCCAGACACAGAGAGGCUUGUCUUGACUUUUGUGGACAACAUGCAGAAAUUUGUCAACACCACAAAAGUGCUGCCAUUUAACACCAAAGGAGGGUCUGUUUACCAUGAGAUCAAACUUUUAAGAAAGAAAGCUCCUGUGACCAUCAGCUCUGCUGAAAUGAACACUCUGGAGCUUGGGGAGGUAGAGGGCCAGGAGUCAAUGGUUCAAAUCCAGAUUCCUCCCAACUCCUUCUAUACGGAGAAAGGGGAAGUCUUUACAGGUAAUGUAAAUGCUAGCAUAACGUUCCUUGACCCCAGGGAUGUCUCCACAGCUGCUGCAGCUCAAAGCGAUCUCAACUUUGUAGGAGAUGAAGGGGAUACCCUGCCGCUGAGAACCUACGGGAUGUUCUCAGUUGACUUUAGGGGUGAGGAAAACAAUGAACCCCUCAAUGCAGGUGAAGUGAAGGUGUUCCUGGAUUCUGCCCAGGUGAAGAUGUCUGAGCACCUCAGCACUAUGAAGCUGUGGUCACUGAACCCUGAGACUGGCCUGUGGGAAGAAGAAGGAAGCCUGCACGUAGAGAAGAAAAGAAGAGGCAAAAGGGAGGAGAGAACCUUUCUGAUUGGUAACAUGGAGAUCAGAGAGAGACGUCUUUUUAACCUGGAUGUUCCAGAGAACCGCAGGUGUUAUGUGAAAGUGAGGGCCUUCCGCAGUGAACGUUUCAUGCCCAGUGAGCAGGUGGAGGGAGUUGUUGUGAGUCUUAUAAACAUGGAGCCCACAGCUGGCUACUCUUCAAAUCCACGGGCCUGGGGCCGUUUUGAUAGUGUUGUCACCGGCCCCAAUGGUGCCUGUCUUCCUGCCUUCUGCGAUGAACAAAAAGCUGAUGCCUACUCUGCUUAUGUCAUGGCCAACCUUGGAGGAGAGGAGCUGGAGGCUGUCCCAUCUGCUCCCAAACUCAAUCCCAACCUAAUUGGAGUGCCUCAACCUUACCUUGGUAAGUUGAACUACAGGCGGUCUGACCACGAGGACCCCAGAGUGAAGAAGACUGCAUUCAGCAUCAAUGUGGCAAAACCAAGUGUCAACACAGCUGAGGAAGGCAAUGGACCAGUGUACGCAUUUGAGAACUUAAAAGAAUGUGAGGAGGCCCCUUUCAGUGCGUCACACUUCCGCUUCUCAAGAGUAGAAGGAGACCGCUACGAUUACAAUACAGUGCCAUUCAAUGAAGAUGACCCAAUGAGCUGGACAGAGGACUACCUGACCUGGUGGCCCAAGCCCAUGGAAUACCGGGCCUGCUACAUUAAAGUUAAAAUGAACAGCCCACAUGAGAUCAAUGUGAGGUCCCGCAACAUGGGUGGCACCCACCCAAAGACAGUAGGUCAGCUGUACGGCCUCCGAGACACUCGCAGCAUCCGCGACAUGGACCAGGCAACUGUUUCAGCUGUGUGCCUUGAGUUCAAGUGCAGCGGGAUGCUAUACGAUCAGGAACGUGUAGACCGGACCCUGGUGAAAGUGAUUCCACAAGGAAGCUGUAAGAGAGAUCAUGUCAACGCAAUGCUUCAGGAGUAUCUGGUCAACCACCUGCCCCUAGCUGUCAACAAUGACACCAAUGAGUUCACCAUGCUAGCACCUCUUGACCCUCUGGGUCAUAACUAUGGAAUUUAUACAGUGACAGACCAGGAUCCCCGCACAGCAAAAGAGAUUGCACUUGGACGCUGCUUUGAUGGCACUUCUGAUGGUACAUCUCGUGUCAUGAAGAGCAACGAGGGAGUAGCGCUGACCUUCACCUGUGGAGAUCGUGAGGUGACACGCCAGAGCGUCUUCCAGGCCCAGCAGAGUCCUCAAGGUCAGACAGUAACUAGUGUGGUGAGAGGUGAAGGCAGACAGAAUCGACGCCGGCAGAGGGCCAAUGCGCCCCGCAGCAGUCGUAGACGGAGCACCAGAAAUCCUGCAGGAAGACGUGUAGAGGCCAGAAGCUAAACACUGAAGGUCACAGCUUUACUUAGAGAUCAACUCAACACCUGCAAUGGAGAUGAGUGAAUAGAGUUAACCUUACAUUUUGAUACAACCAUUUUGUAUUGAAUUUUUUUCAAAAUUAACUGAAUAUGUAACAAAGCUAGGCCUAUUGCUUGCAACGUCUUUCAACAGAAUAUUUGCAUUGUUUGUCUUUACAUUUUCAAUUGUACUGUGGUAAAUAUUUACUUGAAACUGUAAAUAGAGUAUUUAUUACACAUGCCUUAAAAUCAGCAAUUAGGGUGCUGUUAUUAAAGUCUUUCAUUGAUGUUGUAAACAAGAACAGAAACACAAAUUAUACUUUUGACCAGUGAUUUAUUAAAUUAGAUGCUUAUAAAACACUGCAGAUGCUAUAUCUUCCACAUUGUAUGUAUCCAAUUGUCCAUGUAAUUGAAACUGGUCAAUUGCUAGAAAAGAAAAGGAGAAAUAUGCCCCUUUCAACUAACUGUAGCCCAUAUGAAGACAUGGUGGGGUGAAGCCCAUAAGCCCCCGCUCCUCAUCACACUUGAUACAAGCCUGCAGAAGCAAUGAUUAGGAGACCAGUCAUAGCAAGUUAAUCCACUUGCCUGACCCAUACUUGUUCUGCAUUAGUAGAAAUCAAAUUAGUAAAUUACAUUUUUGUCAUGCACAAAAAAUACCUAUAAGCACUCUUUGCUCCAUAUUUUCAAGGAUAUUCCAGAGAUGUAUCAAGAGAAUGGCUGUGAGGUUUUAAAGUCACAUUUUACUUGUCUAUCCCUUUUACCUUACAGUGAAUGUCAUGUGCUCUCUGUAAAAUUACAACUACUACUUACAUGUUGCGUCAGUCUCAAAUCACCCACAAUGCAACUUCUCCAGAGAUAAAGAUGAAUGUACUGAAUAAUUGUUCUGAAUUUGGCAACCAAAGUUAUAGAUACUAUAUACUUUCCUGUAAGAACCAUCCACAGGUAAGUGAGACCUAUAAUAUAUACAUGACAUUCUGGUUAAAGAAUUUGCAUAGAACCUUGUGUUUCUAUGUCACUACACUUAUAACUGCAAUAUUGUAUCUGCCAUUUUGACAGGAGCAACAUUUAAUAAAAAAAUGAGCCCUGCAAAACUCAGACAAUAGCAGUUAUAAUAUAUUCUCCAUUGAAGCUGGGUCACCCAACAGAUACUACAUGUUUAAGUGUGAGUCGAGGCUGAAUGAGACAAAAGGCAAUUCCAUAUGUAUGAACAUAAAGAGUUGGUGAAACUGGAUGCUCCCUGGUAUAGUCUCUCUGGUCACUGAAGCAAAAUGAAGGGGGCAACACAUAGUUCAGAUUUUCCAGGAUGGCACUGGACAGCAUGAGAAGGUACAGCUGCGUUUCUGAGGGUUGAGAGGAGGAAAGGGCAGUUGUGAUGGAGCCAGUGUCACAUGAAGUCCUCAUAGUCUUGGGCGUAGCCACCAUCAAACUCUGCAUAGUCAAGGUCAUCUCUCAGUUGUGCUUUCAAACCACCUCCAGGUACAACCCCUUUCUUCUUCUUCUUUCCUUU